AGUGCUAUAACUGUAUGUUUUUAUUUAGUCUGUAGCUUUUAUUACUAUAGUUGUAUGUUUUUUUCUAUAAAACUACAAUUUUAAAGCAUUUUAAUAAUUGCUUUAAAAUAGAGUAAAACAUAAACAAACAAAAAGAAUAAAGCUGUAGAAGUUGUAGUUUUUAUGUGAGAGAAAUUGAUUUAAAAAUAUUAAGUUGACUACCAUUUUUGAAAAAUACAUUCAAUAAAUAAUAUUCUAACAUUUAUAUUUAGAGUUAAGUGAUUAUUGUUUAGGGUUUAGUAUUGAGAAAUUGCAGUUUUCACAUAAUUUUUUUGGUUUUUGAGUUCUCAAAAACUAUUUUCUAUCCAUUCAUAACUUUAUCAAAGUAGAUUUUUUAAUGUUUAGAGAAACGAAUUUUGUUUUGUUUUUUUUGACAAAGAAACUAAUUUUGUUUACAGUUUUAUCAUGUUAUACUUAAAAGUCAAAAUCCAUAUUUUAUUAGUUUUUAUCUACCACAACAGAUUUUUUUCAAGGGAAAUAUCUUAUAACAUUCUAAAUUGGUUUCUAUUUUUUUUUUGAAAUACAUUUAAUCAGAGAUAAUAUAGUAUUAGAUUUAGUGUUUAAUGAUUAUUGUUUAGGGUUUAAUAUUUAUUGGUCCGAGAUAUUUGAAAAGUUAUCAUGGACACGAAAUUGCCUUAGCUCUUGAUUGUUUGGGUUUUGUUUCUUGUUUUGAAUGGUUGUUGGCUCUAUUUAUAUCGUUCUUUGUAUGACAAUCGGUUUAGUUUGGUCUUGUACAUAAAUACUAUUAUAUAUGUUUUUCAAUAUUAAUUUCUCUGGGCACCAAAAAGAACACUCCGUCCAAUUUGAUUUGAUUUGAUUACACAAAGAAAUGCCUUUGAAUAUUGGGAUUCUAAGACCAUGAAACCGGACGGUUUAUGUUUCGGUUCUCCGAACGGUUAUAAUAAAUUCCGGUUUACUUUGAUUAAACUUUGUUCGGUCCGAAUGCUUUACCUACCGCUACUUAACACCGUACCAUCGUUUAUAAAAGACACAACCCAUAUGACUUCUGAUUUUCUCAUGUAACACUGUUUCUAAUACUUACUUUGUUCAAACAUCAAACACCAUUUAUCUUACCGGCAACAAUGAAUCUCCUGAACUCCGAUGAUGCGUUAUUAAUGAUUAACACUUUAUUGAACUCCUCCGAUUUGUGGCCAUUAGCUCCGGCGAAUCUCAGCCAGCUGCCACUAGCUACGACGGCGAUUAACUCCUCCUCUGAUUUGUGGCCAUAUGUUCCGGCGAAUUUCGGCCAGAUCCAGUACGAGGAAAGCAACAUUUCAGCCAGCGCCGUAAAACUCGAGGACUCGGCUCACUUUGCCAAAACGAGGCCGGAAAAGAAACGUGGGAGAAGACCGACGCACGGCAGAGAAGAGCCGAUGAACCACGUGGAAGCCGAGCGGUUGAGACGCGAGAAGCUAAACCAGCGGUUCUACGCGUUACGAGCGCUUCUGCCAAACGUAACGAAAAAAGAAAAGGCGUCGAUACUUGAAGACACGGUUACGUACAUUAACGAACUGAAACUAAACGCGGAAAACGCUGAAACGGAGAAAAACGCGAUUGAGAACCAGCUCAACGAACUCAAGGAAAAGAUAGCAGGAAGGAGAAACGGGAGUUCUAGCGUUUGUAGCGGCGGGGAAAAGACGCCGGAGAUUGAGGUGAAGAUCGACGUGAAGGUUAUGGAUCGUGAUGCGCUGAUUAGACUGGAGUCGAGCAAGAACAACCAUCCUGGAGCGAGACUGAUGAAUGCGUUUAUGGAUUUGGAGGUAGAAGUGAACCACGCGAGCAUCUCGGUGAUGAACGAUCUCAUGAUUCAACAAGUGACGGUGAAGAUGGGGUCGAGGGUUUACAAGCAAGAGCAGCUUCGGGACUUGUUGUUGUCAAAGAUUAAUUAGCGAUUGAUUUUUGGGACUUGUUGAGGGUUAUGAGGUUCAAAUUGUAAUUAAGCAAUUGUACUUUGUUUGUCUCAUGACUUCCCAGCCGUUUGAUUAGAUUUUGUGUACGUCCCCUUGGUAUUUGGUAAUGAUAUGGAUAUGUAUACGUGGCACUCA